AUGGCUGAGCCGGAGACAGUAAACGGAGAGAAGGAGAACAAAUUAUGGAAAGGCGUUUUCGCGGUUUCCGGCAUUAUGUCUACUCUUGUUAUCUACGGUGUUCUUCAGGAGAAGAUAAUGAGAGUUCCUUAUGGAUUGAACAAGGAGUUCUUUAAGUACUCUUUGUUUCUGGUUUUCUGCAAUCGGCUCACUACAUCAGCUGUCUCUGCUGGUGCUUUACUGGCGAGCAAGAAAGUUUUGGAUCCUGUAGCUCCGGUUUACAAAUACUGCCUUAUAUCAGUCACUAACAUCUUAACCACAACAUGCCAAUAUGAGGCUCUCAAGUAUGUGAGCUUCCCAGUCCAAACUCUUGCAAAAUGUGCCAAAAUGAUACCAGUAAUGGUAUGGGGAACACUCAUCAUGCAGAAGAAGUACAAGGGAUUUGACUAUUUAGUAGCUUUUCUGGUGACUCUUGGCUGCUCUGUCUUCAUUCUUUUUCCGGCAGGAGAUGAUAUUAGUCCGUACAAUAAGGGAAGGGAAAAUACUGUUUGGGGUGUUUCCCUUAUGGCUGGUUAUCUUGGGUUCGAUGGCUUUACAAGCACAUUCCAAGACAAACUCUUUAAAGGAUAUAAUAUGGAGAUACAUAACCAAAUAUUCUACACAACACUUUGUUCCUGUGUUCUGAGUUUCACUGGACUUGUAUUGCAAGGCCAUUUACUACUUGCUGUAGAUUUUGUUUCUCGGCAUAGAGAUUGUCUACUCGACAUCGCUCUGCUUUCCACAGUUGCAACAGCGAGCCAGUUCUUCAUUUCCUACACCAUUAGGACAUUUGGUGCUCUUACAUUCGCUGCAAUCAUGACGACGAGACAGCUUGCAAGCAUCAUGCUCUCAUGCAUUUGGUUCUCUCAUCCGCUUAGCUGGGAGCAAUGUAUCGGCUCGGUCAUCGUUUUCGGGUCUUUGUACGCUAAAACCUUACUGAACAACAAUAAAAUAUCACAAAAUCAACCGCCGCCUACAGAACUUCCGCAGUACGAAAAGGCUGAGGGUUCUUAA